AUGUUACAAGGCCUGCAGCUCCACCCCCUAGAUUCUGAUGCAAUGGUUGCAGGAAACUUAGACUUGGGGGUGAUCUUCCUUGCUCAGACUGGGAUUGGCAUCUUUGGAAAUUCUUUCCUCCUUUGUUUUUACAGCUUCUGUCUGCUCACUGGAUACAAGUUGAGACACACAGACCUAAUCCUCAACCAACUGGUCUUAGCCAACUCCUUGGUCCUGCUCUCCAAAGGGAUAUCGCAAACAAUAGUGGCUUUUGGGUGGAAGUAUUUCCUGGACAGUGUGGGAUGUAAACUUGUCUUCUAUUUUCACAGAGUAGGCACAGGGGUUUCCUUCAGCACUGUCUGCCUGCUCAAUGGCUUCCAGGCCAUUAAGCUCAACCCCAGUAUUUGUAGAUGGAUGGAGCUCAAGAUUAGAUCCCUAAGGUUCAUUGGCUUCUGCUGUUUCCUGUGCUGGAUUCAGAAUCUCUCAAUAAAUUCAUCUAUUGUUAUAGUAGUGAAUGGUCCAUUGAGUUGCAAAAACAUUACUGUGAGAGCCAGUUGUGGACACUGUUCCUGGACAAUGAUAGAGAGAUAUAGCUCAUUAUAUGCAUUCUUAUAUUUCUCCCUUGACUUCAUCAGUGUGGGCUUCAUGAUAUGGGCCAGCGGCUCCAUGGUCCUGGCCCUGCACAGGCACAGGCAGCGGGUCCAACACAUCCACAGCCACAGCCUCUCCUCCAGACCUUCUCAUGAGGCCAGGGCCACACGCACCAUCCUGAUCCUGGUGAGCUCCUUUGUUACCUUUUACUCAGUCUAUAUUAUUUUGACCAUCUGGUCAACUCUAGUUUCAAAUCGUGGCCAGUGGACAGUGAACAGCUCCGUGCUUGUGGCUUCAUGUUUCCCAGCAUUCAGCCCCUUUGUGCUCAUCAUCAGUGACUCCAGAAUCUCUCAGUUCUUCAUCACCUGCAGGAGAGGACAACUCGUUCUUCCUAAGUAGUUCAAGUUGUGUGAGUUUAUUCUCCUCACAUGGAGUCAUUUCAACAUUUGUUACUAUUUAAUUGUUUAUCAUAUUGUAGGAAUUUCUGAUACCAUGGCAAAGAAGACCCAUAAUAAGCUUGUGCACAUGGAUCUUUUAAUAGAGGUAAAUGAACCUGCACACUUAAUUAUGAAAGAUUACUUGUUUUACGUCCUUGGCUCUUACAAGGAGGUAUGGAAUUGAUUUU